AUGCCUCGCAGAAACCAGUUACUCAUGUCUCCCAGAAUUACUAGAUCUACUGCCCGACAAGCAGCGAGUCUCGCGGCUUCAUCGACACAAUCCGCUGCCAGCGCCGAUCCCGCAGCGACCGCCCCUGCACCUCCGAGCUCCAGCCCUCAAAACCCUUCGACGUCAGCCUCGCGGAAACGAAAGGCGUCAACACAAGCUACCAGCCCUACUCCUGGUGCACAGCAGCCCGCUUCCGCUUCCUCCAGACGAUCGAAGCGUCAAAAGGUAGCCGACGCAGUUCCACCGCCUCAACUCCUUACUCAGCCACCCGCCCCGCUUCGGUCCAAGAGAAAGGGCAAAUCUACCGCCGCCAUGUCGAGCCCAGACAUUUCCGCCGAUCCUGCGAUUGCAUCAGAGAACACGGCACCCUCGGCAUCUUCAAGCCGCAAAUCCAGUAGCAGCAGGAGCAAGAGGACUGCUCCGGGCGCUACAGAUCCUUCUGUCAACACAUCCAGCUCUUCUCGUAAGACGAAACGAAAUGCUGCAAACAACGCGGAUCCAGACACUACAAUGACGGGCACAGACGAUGCGGAAAAAGAGUCUCUUCCUCUCCCGCCCCCACCGCCUCCACCGGAGCAUCACGACGAGGAUGAUAGUGACGACAACGAUGAUGAUGACGAAGGCCAGCGAUACGAUGACGACGUGGACGAUGAUCCCUUUGGAGGGUUUGGAGGCCCAGGAGGUCCCGGUGGCCUGUCAAGUACCUUACGGGCUCUGACAGGCAUGAUGACGGGCAUCUCGUCUCGCCUGCGAGACCUUCUCAACAGCCUGCGUCAGAAAGAUGACCCUUCAGUGCAACUGAUCGCCUUACAAGAGUUGUCUGAGAUACUGUUGGUUUCGAAUGAGGACAACCUGUCAGGUCACUUUUCCCCUGAUGCUUUCGUCAAGGAACUGGUGACUCUGAUGCAGCCAAACGAGAUGACGGGCGAAGAGAAUCCCGAAAUCAUGCUUCUUGCAUGCCGUUGCCUCGCAAACUUGAUGGAGGCGUUGCCCGCCAGUGUAGCCAACGUCGUUUACGGAGGCGCUGUCCCCGUGCUCUGCCAAAAGCUUCUCGAAAUAUCCUUUAUCGACCUUGCCGAGCAAGCUCUUAGCACCCUCGAAAAGAUUUCCGCCGAGUAUCCCUCCAGCAUUGUCCGAGAGGGCGGUUUGACCGCUUGUUUAUCUUACUUGGAUUUCUUCGCAACAAGCACACAACGAACGGCCGUAACCACGGCUGCAAAUUGCUGCCGAAAUAUCCCAGAGGAUUCCUUCCCGGUAAUUCGAGAUGUCAUGCCCACACUACUCAACGUCUUGGGCAGCAGCGAUCAGCGAGUGGUCGAAAAGGCUUCCAUCUGCGUUUCUGGAAUCGUUGAGAGUUUCAAAUACCAGUCUGCAAAGCUGGAAGAACUCGUCAGCGUCGACCUGCUCAAGGCUGUGUUGAGGCUGCUUGUCCCAGGCACCACCAACCUAAUUGGAGCCGAUAUCCACACGCAAUUCCUGCGAGUAUUGGCCUUCACGGCUCGUGCUAGCCCCCAGCUUUCGGCGGACUUGUUCAAGCUCAAUAUCGUCGAGACACUGUAUCAAAUCCUGACCGGCGUCUCCCCGCCUAGCGGCACGGAGGACGUUGCCUCUAAGCUGGACAGUGUUGUCAUCAUGCAGGCCUUAAUCCAUCGACCAAAGGAGCAGAUCAUCGAGACUCUCAAUGUCAUAUGCGAAUUGCUACCUAGUCUGCCUCGUAACGCGGACCCGUCGUAUGGCGACUUUGUUGAGAUGAACUCGACAGAACCAAUCACUCCUUCAUCCGCUGCAACUGGGAAAACCCGCAAGUCACCAAACGACAAGAGAAUCGAGCUUCUCGACGGCUGCAAAUCCGAAGUUAGGCGCUUUGCCCUCAUCCUUUUCCCGACCUUGACCGACGCUUUUUCGAGCACGGUCAACCUCAACGUUCGUCAAAAGGUACUAACGGCCCAGCUGAAGAUGCUUUCGAACCUCGACGAGGAGAUCCUCGGAGAGGCGCUGAAGACGGUGUCGUAUGCUUCUUUCCUGGCUUCAAUUUUAUCUCAACAGGACCAUCCUUCACUCGUCAUGCUCGCACUCCAAGCUACGGAACUCCUCCUCAGUCGCUUGGAGGAUGUUUAUCGGUAUCAGUUAUACCGUGAAGGUGUUAUUUCGGAAAUUACGAAACUAGCCACUGAGGAGCACACUCCGCCACCAGCGCCAGAGCCGGCCGGAUCGCAGGAGUCCAACAACACUGAUCAGCAAGCCGCGGCAGAUUCUGGCGACCAAUCUUCAGACAACGAAGAGUCAGAAGAUGACGAGGAGCAUGAGGAGUCGGACGAUGAGGAGAAUGAAGAGGAAAAUGAGAACGAGCCUCAUCCAGACGACGUCUCUGGGUCGCCAGUCAGCUCGCGCGGCUCAACCAUGUCGCUAGAUGGCCCUCCACAGCAUUUCCUAUCGGAUGUUCCAUCGAUGCGAAGCAGAAUUCGUGAGGUGGCUAAGAAGUUCUUGGAGAGCCAUGAGACAGAGAAACACGGCAAGGCUAUGAAGAAGAAGGCUACUAAGAUUCUUUCUAAUCUGUCAGAUCUUGCCGAAGAGAUUGAAGCUUUCUACCUCAACAGAUCGGCAGGCAACCUUGCACCUGAGAAUGGUGUAGAGCUUUUCAAGAAGCUAGCCUCGUCGUUCGAUGCUGAUGUUCUCGAAAGCGUCACGAGUGCAGAGCUUCUGGCUUCUGGGCUCGUCAGAGUGCUCUUGGAUGUUUUCAGCAAUCCCGAUGAUGAUUUGGCCCGCACUGCUCAGGCAGACUUCCUGCAGGUCUUCAUGGGUUACACUGUCAAGUCAAAGCCCAAGACCGCCACGGCCGAUUCACCUGCGACUCCUUUUAGUGUCAUGGUCCACAAACUCCAAGAUUUGCUAAGUAGAUCUGAGCAUUUCGAGGUUAUUACCGUCCAUCAGAAUACCUUUGAUGGUAAUCGCAGUAGUGCGGCGUCCAUGCUAGCGAAGCAAAUUCGACUCAGACUUGUUGCGGAUGAUGAAUCUAUUCCUAAGUCGUAUCGAAACAUCAUGGUCUCAAUCCACGCCAUUGCCACUUUCAAGUCUCUCGAUGACUACCUGAGGCCUAGAAUCAGUCUUUCGGAACGGCCACGUGGCUCCUCAAGGCGGGCAGACAACCUGUCGAGGGCUCUCGCCUCUUUGGCAGGCUCUGCUGGCUUGCCACUCAGCCAUGCUGCAGCUAGACUUGCAGAGCGCGCUUCGGCAGCUUCUGGGUCUAGUCCGAUCCCGCCACCGCCAAGUGUGCCCACACCCAGCGGCUCGCGCUCUCUUCGCAAGACGAAGUCCAAGUCGACACCGCAGUCGGAGAGUGCAGCUACUCCUGAUACCUCUUCUAGCGCAAGAGACAAGGGUGUUUUGAGGAGAUCCACUCGUCGUAGUGCGGCAUCCACUGCCGACAGCCCAGUGCCGUCGAGACCACCUCCGGAAGAAGACGAUUUGGAGAAUGCCCUUGAGUGUGCAGACGAGAAGCAUCUGUCUGACGACGAAGAGAUUGGUGGCAGCAGUGCCUUGGAUGCUAUUGUAGGCGAUUUGGAUGAGGAUAUGAGCGAGUCCCCCGGCCCCGAGCCCGGCGCUGUCAAUAUGGAAAUCGCGGCUGGAGGAAAGGUCACCGCACGAAAGGAUGAUGGGACCCGAGUGCCCACGCCAUCUCAAAGUUCUUUGCCCACUCGUUCUAGUGCUCUCCCGCCUCCUCCGGCUCAUAGCACGCCAACGCCUGCAACUUCCUCAAGACCGAUGUCCUACGCUGCAGCUAUCCAAGCUGUGCCUCAGGACUGGCACAUUGAGUUCACUCUCGACAACAAGGUGAUUACGAGCGAGACAACGAUCUACCGUGCCGUCCAUACUUCGGCCGCCAACUCUGAUGAGCACUUUAGCCGAAGUGUCUGGUCUGCAGUGCAUCCAAUCAAGUUCCGACGUGCUCCUGGUCCGCCACCGGCGGAGACCCUUUCGUUUAGUUCCAAUGCCCAGGCCAACACGGAGGAGAACGGGGAAGGAAACGUUCCGGCAUCUCUCGCUAAACACCCUUCGACAGCCUCAAUUCUUCGCCUUCUCAAUAUUCUUCACGACUUGAAUGCCAACAUCGAAGACGUUAUGGUCGAGAACAGCGAGAAGGACGCCGUCCGACUCAAUGUCGAGCCCUUGUCACAGUUCGUCAACACGAAGUUGACAGCCAAACUCAAUAGGCAGCUCGAGGAGCCGUUGAUUGUCGCAAGCAACUGCCUGCCAAGCUGGGUAGAAGACUUAGCACGACUGUAUCCUUUCCUCUUCCCCUUUGAGACUAGGCACUUGUUUUUACAAUCGACCUCUUUUGGUUAUGCCCGCUCUAUGACUCGCUGGCAGAACGCUCACUCUGCUGACGACUCGCGGCGCGACCGCCGCGACGAUAGACCAUUCCUUGGUCGACUGCAGCGCCAGAAGGUACGAAUUUCGAGAUCCAAGAUCCUGGAAUCCGCCUUGAAAGUCAUGGAGCUGUAUGGUGCGUCUCAAAGCAUUCUCGAGGUUGAAUAUUUUGAGGAAGUCGGAACCGGCCUGGGCCCUACACUCGAAUUCUACUCGACAGUGUCGAGGGAGUUCUCCAAGAAAAAGCUCAAGUUGUGGAGAGAGAUGGACUCGAACGACUCGGAGGAAUAUAUCUCUGGAGCGAGUGGCCUCUUCCCUCGGCCAUUAAGCGACGAUGAAGCUACUGCGCCCAACGGUGAGCGCAUCUUGCAAUUGUUCAAGACCCUUGGAAAGUUUGUUGCUCGCUCAAUGAUCGAUUCUCGCAUCAUUGACCUGAACUUUAAUCCCACGUUCUUCCGCAUUGGAGAUGGUUCAUCGGCACCUGGCGUGAAGCCAUCGCUCGGCGCAGUCAAGGUUGUUGACCCCGGCUUGGCCAGGUCUUUGAAGACCAUCAAGAAGUUCGCCGUUGCAAAGAAGGAAAUCGACGAAGACCCUUCAAGGACUCCUGCCCAAAAGGUCGCCGAUACCGAGGAUAUCGGCAUUGACGGUGUCAAGUUGGACGAUCUUUGCCUGGAUUUCACCCUCCCUGGCUUUCCAGAGAUCGAGCUGAUGCCCAACGGCGGACAAGUUCGGGUCACCAUCGACAAUGUGGACUCUUACCUGGAACGUGUCAUCGACAUGACUCUCGGCAGUGGCGUUCGCCGCCAGGUUGACGCCUUCCGUCUCGGAUUCUCUCAAGUCUUCCCUUACUCGGCUCUGAGCGCUUUCACUCCAGAUGAGCUGGUGACUCUGUUUGGCCGGGUUGACGAGGACUGGUCUCUUGAGACCCUCAUGGAUUCAAUCAAGGCGGAUCACGGUUACAAUAUGGAUAGCAAAACCGUCAAGAACUUGCUCCAGACAAUGAGUGAGCUAUCAGCUCCUGAGCGUCGUGAUUUCUUGCAAUUCACCACGGGCAGCCCCAAGCUACCCAUAGGAGGAUUCAAGAGCUUGACGCCCAUGUUCACAGUCGUCUGCAAACCUAGUGAACACCCCUACACGUCUGACGACUAUCUCCCCAGUGUUAUGACGUGUGUAAACUAUCUCAAACUCCCUGACUACACAGACAUCGAAUCCAUGCGCAAACAACUCUCUACUGCCAUCAAGGAAGGCCAGGGUGCUUUCCAUCUGUCAUAG